GUAUGCUCUGACGUAUACACGCAGUAUCAGUGCUAUCCGAUUUCUUACGCCACUGGGGCGAUAUUCCAUUAUCAUAUUAUCUGUAGUUUUUGACUUAAAAUGAAUACAGAGGCACUGAUAGAAUUGGUACGACAACAUAAAAUUCUAUAUGAUAUAACGGAUCCAUAUUAUUUGAAUAGUAACAAGAAGAAUUCAAUAUGGCGGCACAUAGGAAGAGAAUUAAAGAGCGAUGGGUCAGCAUGCAAGUCCCGAUGGAAUAACAUCAGAGAUCAAUUUCGGAAAUCUUUAAAGAAAACGAUAACAAAAAGUGGUCGACAAAAAUUUUAUAGAUAUCACGAACAAAUGUCAUUUCUUCGGCCAUUUUUAAAUGAAAGAGAAAGUACCAGCAAUACAAUAAGACAGAGUGACUAUAAUAUAACAGAUACGGCGUUAGACAGUAGUUCCCAACAUUCUACACAUUCUUUGCUGUCUCUCCUAGAAAGCAGGCAAAACAUUGAACAAUCACCGAAUUCAUUAAAUCAUUCGGAAGAACAAGAUUCAAAUGCAAUAUCCAACUCGUCCUUAGUUAUUACGCCCCGUCUUUCUAUUGACCAAGCUUCAGAGCUACGUUCAACACCAUCUCCACGAUUUCUUGAGUCUCCUCAAGAAGCUAUUAAAAUACCAAAUUCAGCUGCUGGCACUUUGAUAGAAUACUUAUUAAAAAAGAAAAAUGAGGACGAUCCAUUACGUAACACUGUGGAGGAACAUCCUAUUGAUAAGUUUUUGCAAUGUAUUGCUCCUACUUUAAAAUGUCUUACACCGUAUUAUCAAAACUUAGCAAAGAGUGAUAUAUUUACCGUUGUACAAAAAUAUGAAAUGGCUAUGUUUACACAAAACAAGGAAACACAAAAUGAUGGACAAAACCAGAACAGUAAUAGUAUUGUAUCUGAGAUUCAGGCCAUAGUAAAAAUAGAGAAAUAGUAGUUUUGUUGUACAUAUUAAUAAAUUAGUAUAAUUUUAAUCUCCUUAUUGUCCAGAAUACCUCAAAGUUUAAAGAUCUUCAACCGGUACGUGUUACUAGUGAUGAACCGAAACAUGAUCCUAUACGGUUGCCCGUAUGCAAAAGCUUCAAAUUACUCAGUAAGCUAUGGAGAGAGCUAUGCUUAGAGUUUCUUUUCGUGACAGAAUUCAGAAUAAGGAUAUCUGCAAAAGAACCAAAGUUGCCGACAAAGUUCGAAGGAUAAACAAGCUGAAAUGGCAAUGGAGCACAUAGCUCGAAGAACCGACAACUGAUGGGGAGGCAUGGUUCUUGAGUGGCGAUGAAAAUAUUUCAGAAUUACGAAAAUUAUUAUUAAUAAUUUUAAGAGUGUUAGUCUGGAAUUUGUUUAGUUUUAUUUAUGAGUAGUAAGAAGAAACAUCAUUGCCGUGUGAUUCUGGUAUAGAAUGAACCACCCUUUCUUUUCCCUUGGGUGUCGUAAGAGGGUACCAACUAAGAACUUAAUACUCGAGGGAUAGGCAGCACCGUCCCUCUUAAUCAUCAAAGCCUGACUACGGUUGCUAACUUGCCUGUCAAGCGUAGCAAUAACUGGCAAAAUCCCCAAGAGAUAGGCCUAUGUUCAGCAGUCGAUAGUUAAUGGCUGAUGUGAUAUGGUGUAGAAGAAACAUCUGAUGCUUUAACUUCUUUAUCUUUUCAUUUUAUUUCUGAAUUUGAUAUCUAAUUAAAAGAUUUGUUUUAAAUAGUACUUGUACUGUAUUUAUUUAAUCAAUACUCAUAUUAAAUUAUAUUUCUAUUUUUUUUUAUUUCUUUAUUUAAGGAUGUUAAUUCUUGUUUGAAUAUUCACUUCUGUUGGUAAACAUAAUACAAUGUAAGCUUAUUAUAAAUUUUGAACGCUAAGGCGUAGGUAGAUGAUAAAAAAAAACGAUACAAGGUCAUACAUGAAAAUAACUCAUAGUCACUGGAAUUUCAUUUUUGUUUAAAUAUUAUGUGUCAGAAUACAUAACUAUUCUACGGUACCAUUUAUAAACUGUAUCCAGCGAGUUGUGUUUUUAUAAUCCUAUAUUUCUUUUCAAUGACAGCAAAUGUUUAUUAUAAUAUAUUUUCAAUUGCGCUUA